AUGGCCUGGGGCCGCAGCCAGAACCUCUCCACAUUCGUCCUACUGGGCUUCCCGGGGCCACGGGGCCUGCAGACCUGGCUCUUCCUCCUCUUCCUGGUCGCGUAUGUGCUCACGGUGGCCGGGAACCUGGCCAUCAUCUCCCUGGUCGGGGCGCACCGGCGCCUCCAGACGCCCAUGUACUUCUUCCUCUGCAACCUCUCCUUCCUGGAGAUCUGGUUCACCACGGCCUGUGUGCCCAAGGCCCUGGCCACGUUCGCCUCGCACAGUGGAGCCAUCUCCUUGGCCGGCUGCGCGGCGCAGAUGUACUUUGUCUUCUCGCUGGGCUGCACCGAGUACUUCCUGCUGGCCGCGAUGGCUUACGACCGCUACCUGGCCAUCUGCCUGCCGCUGCGCUACGGCAGCACCAUGACGCCUGGGCUCUCCGCCCGCCUCGCUCUGGGCUCCUGGCUGUGCGGCUUCUCCGCCAUCACCGUGCCCGCUGCCCUCAUUGCUCGCCUCUCCUUCUGCCGCUCCCACGUCAUCAACCACUUCUUCUGUGACAUCGCGCCCUGGAUCGUGCUGUCCUGCAGCGACACGCGGGGUGUGGAGCUGGCGGCCUUCGGCAUUGCCUUCUGUGUCAUCCUGGGCUCCUGCUUUGUCACGCUGCUCUCCUACGCCUACAUCGUUGCCACCAUCAUCAGGAUCCCGUCGGCCCGGGGCCGGCACAGAGCCUUCUCCACCUGCUCCUCCCAUCUCACCGUGGUCCUCAUCUGGUACGGCUCCACCAUCUUCCUGCAUGUGAGGACCUCGGUGGAGAGCUCGCUGGACCUGACCAAGGCCGUCACGGUGCUGAACACCGUUGUCACUCCCGUGCUGAACCCCUUCAUAUACACCCUGAGGAACAAGGACGUCAGGGAGGCUCUGCGGAGGUCGGUGCAGCGGAAAUGA